AUGAAAGUUCUGUGUAAUAAAACGAAUCCACCGAUUGGGGGUCUACUAGCAGUAGAAUUCUACAGAUCUUCGGCUAAAAACGUAGAUGUCGUAUGGGGCAAUGAAUCGUCUGUUACAAUACAAAAUUCAUCCAAGCCAGUGCCAUAUGGAACAAGCAAUGAUUUGAUUAGAAUUCUUGAAAAUAAUUUUAAUAAAUCUGUCGGACCCCUAGAAAGGGUUACGAUGAAUCAUUGGCUGUCCCUCAGCUUAAUUCUGAAUGAAGAAAUGCCUAAAUCUCUAGAAUAUCUUGAUAAGACUCUCGGCCCUAUUACUUAUUUACAUGGGGAAACUUUAUCUGUUUCUGAUUUAGCUGUAUUUAGUGCUUUGUAUGCAUCUCCUAAAUACCAAGAGUUGUCAAAGGCCAAAGAAUACAAUAAUAUUGCGAGAUGGAUGAAACUCAUUCAGGCUCAAGAACCAGUCACAAAAGCACUAAAAAGUAUUCCAGCUGAUGUACUUGAAAAUCUAUCAAAGAUAUCUUUAAGAUCCACACCAGAAAAUAAGGAGACAGGAAUGCGGCAGGAAGGCAAAUUUGUUGAAUUGCCACAUGCUGAAAUGGGCAAAGUAAUUGUUAGAUUCCCUCCCGAGGCAUCUGGUUACCUACACAUUGGGCAUGCUAAGGCCGCUCUUCUAAAUCAAUAUUAUCAGGAGGCCUUCGAAGGAAAGUUGAUAAUGAGAUUUGAUGAUACCAACCCAGCUAAGGAAAAUGCUGAGUUCGAAAAGGUGAUAUUAGAAGAUGUUGAAAUGCUUGAAAUAAAACCUGACAUGUUUACACACACUUCACAAUACUUUGAUCUGAUGCUGCAAUUCUGUGAGAAGCUUAUUAAGGAGGGCAAAGCAUUUGUUGAUGAUACUCCAGCAGAACAGAUGAAGAAUGAACGGGAACAGAGGAUUGAUAGCAGGAAUAAAAGCAACUCUGUAGAAAAAAACUUGCAGCUUUGGGAAGAGAUGAAGAAGGGAAGUGAUAUUGGCAUCCAAAACUGUGUUAGAGCUAUCAUUGAUAUGCAGUCUGCCAAUGGAUGUUUGCGAGAUCCGACCAUAUACAGAUGUAAGCCUGAACCUCAUCCCAGAACAGGAACACAAUAUAAAGUAUAUCCUACAUACGAUUUCGCUUGUCCUAUCGUCGAUUCCAUAGAAGGCGUAACACAUGUUCUUAGAACAAUGGAGUAUCAUGAUAGAGAUCCGCAGUUCUAUUGGUUCAUUGAUGCUUUAGGGCUUCGGAAACCAUAUAUUUGGGAAUACAGCAGAUUAAGUAUGACAAAUACAGUUUUGUCAAAAAGAAAGCUGACUUGGUUUGUUGAGCAAGGACUUGUUGAUGGAUGGGACGAUCCCCGCAUGCCGACUGUCCGCGGUGUCCUCCGCAGAGGUCUAACCGUGGAGGCGUUGAGAAGGUUCAUACGAGCUCAGGGAUCGAGUCGGUCGGUUGUGUUCAUGGAAUGGGAUAAGAUAUGGGCCAUCAAUAAGAAGGUCAUUGACCCCAUAGCUCCUAGAUACACAGCAUUAGAAUCAAAGCCGGUUCCAGUAAACCUCAAAGGCGUCACAUCUGACAGUACUCUGGAUGUGCCCCUACAUCCCAAAAACCCGGAUGUGGGCAACAAAAAAGUUUGGAUAUCAAAGACAUUAUUGAUAGAUCAGGUUGAUGCGAAAACAUUGAAGGAAGGAGAAAACGCGACCUUCAUUAACUACGGGAAUAUAAUGAUUGAUAAAAUACAUAAGGCUGCCGACGGUACGGUAACAAGUGUAGACGCGACGCCCAAUCUUGAUAAUAAGGAUUAUAAGAAGACGUUGAAGCUAACUUGGAUAGCCGAGACACCACAAUCACCCAUGGUUGAGACGUACUGCGUGUACUUCGAUCACAUUAUAUCGAAACCACUGCUCGGUAAAGACGAGGACUUCAAGAAGUACAUCGGACAUCAGACACGGUGGGAAGUGGCGAUGCUGGGUGAAAUGGCUUUAGAGAGUGUGAAAGAAGGGGAUAUCAUUCAGCUACAGCGACGCGGCUUCUUCAGAGUUGACGCGGCGGGCGGUCGCUCGGCUCUAACCGGUCAAGUUCGACCUCUCGUAUUAUUACAUGUACCAGACGGACGAGCGGAUACCCAGGUAUUUAUCCCUACUAAUAUUAUAAAUGCGAAAGUAACUAUCUAUCUGUAUGUUACGCUUUCACGCCUAAACCACUGA